AUGUCUCAAGAAUUCACAGAAUAUGUAAAGACUGCUUUUGGUCCAAAGUCUACCCCAAAGACCCGUCGUGUUCUUGGAUCCUUGAUCCAACACAUUCACGACUUCACCAGAGAAAACCACAUCACUGUGGAUGAAUGGAUGUGGGGUGUUAACUUCAUCAAUAGAAUUGGACAAAUGUCUGAUGAGAAGAGAAACGAAGGUAUUUUGGUUUCUGACGUAAUUGGAUUGGAAGCUUUGGUCGAUACCAUCACCCACGCUUCCGAUGCUAAGGGACACACUUCUUCUGCUAUUAUUGGUCCAUUCUACCGUGACAACUCCCCUGUGUAUCCCAAUGGCGCCUCCAUUAUUCAGAAGGAAGUUGGUGGUGAGAAGACCUUAGUAUCGGGAAAGGUCACUGACACCAAGGGCCAACCAUUAAAGGGUGCCAAGAUCGAGGUCUGGCACUGUGCACCAAAUGGUUUAUAUGAGCAGCAAGAUCCUGAGCAACCGGAAUACAACUUGAGAGGUACUUUCUAUGCUGAUGACGAGGGAAACUACUCCUUUGUCGGUUUAAGGCCAACUGCCUAUCCAAUCCCAUACGAUGGUCCAGCUGGCGAUUUGUUGCAGCUUAUGGACAGACAUCCUAUGAGACCUGGCCACAUUCACUGGAGAGUGAGCCAUCCAGAAUUCCACACAUUGAUUACUCAAAUUUAUGACAGUGAAUGUAAGUACGCCAAGGAUGAUUCGGUUUUCGCUGUUAAGGAGGACAUUAUCGUUAAUUUCAACCCUGUUGAGGACAAUUCCCCAUUGAAGGCCAAGGGUAUUCAAAACACCUUAGACUAUGAUAUUAUUUUGGUCUUGGAAGAAGAAAUUAGAAAGACACGUCAAAAGGUUGAAGACCAGCAUGCGGCUGUGGAAAAGACUUUGACGGCCAGAUUAGAUUCUGUUAACGUUUAA